UAUACCGAUUCUAUAAAUAUAGUAUUACAAAUAUUAACGUUAGUAUUUUAGCAUGUUACUUCGUAGUAGGUACCAUAAUUUUAAUUUUGUUUUCAAUAUUACCACUACAUUUUAGGUACUUAUUAGAAUAAAAUAAAAGACAAAAUUAUUUUUCAUAAAUUGGAAGCUUUUAUCUUUCAUGCAUCUGAGUAUGUUCGUGUUUUAAUAUAUCUCUGAACUAUUAUUUUCAUCAACUUUGAGUCUAUUGUGACCACAUUAUAUAAUUAAGACAAAAUAUACUCUCUAUGCUAAGACAAUGAAAGGGUAAAGAAAGAAAAUUUGCAUUUUGAAUUGCAGGAAGGAUGAUUUUUUAUUUUACCCAGUAAAAAAACAAAAAGUUGAAAGUACACGAUCGAGAAAUAGUUGAAAAUAUAUUUUUGAAUAGCUUUUGGAAAUUGACAAAAUCAUAUUUACACCUAUAGAGGUUCCAGAUGUUAAUAAACGUAAAGAUACUUUAAGAUCCAAUACCAGCAAAAAAAUUAACAAUAAUAAUAGUAAAUCAGAAAUCUGGAAAAAGAAAAAAAAAAAGAAAAAGAAGAGAUGAUCAUAUUCUCGUUUAUGUAGCAAAACUUGCUCUUCCAUUUGUAACACACGAUGCAUCCGUAAAACUACCAGACAGAAAAAGGGGUGUUUUCUUUGGCAGAUUGCCACAUUGUAAACCUCAUAAAAAGCCAGAAUUGCCGCCUAAUUAAACCAAGGACAAUGUAGAUUAUGACUACAAUGUAAAUGGGCAGCACCUCAAUAAUAGUCAAGCCAUUGCUCUUCUCUAUAAAUAUAGCAUUUCUCUCCAAUUGAGAAUAUAUUUGCAAGCAUUUCUUUCUUGUGCCAUAACAAGUCUACAUUUAUAAUUGAUUGCUAUUAUUCAGUUGGUUAAUUUAGCACUUGUAUUCAAUCAAUGGCAUUGAGAGUUCGCUACUCCAUUUCUCUUGCUCUUCUUACUAUAUGGCUGACCUUACUGAGCUCCUCUUUCAAGCCAUAUGCCCAAGUUCCUGGCACAGCUACCUACUAUACUACUUACCUGCCUUCUGCUUGUUACGGAUAUGAGGACCAAGGAGUGAUGAUAGCAGCAGCAAGCGAAGCAAUUUGGAAUAAUGGGGCUGCUUGUGGACAAAUGUAUCAGGUAAAUUGCAUAAGUGGGACAAAUGAAGGCACCCCUUUUCCUUGUUGGGCCAGUGGGAGUGUAGUGGUGAAGAUUGUAGACCGUUGUCCUGCUAGUUGUAGAGGUACCAUUGACUUGUCACAAGAAGCUUUUGCCUCCAUUGCAGACCCUAAUUCUGGUGUUAUACACAUCACUUACCAACAGUAUGUGCGAUAACUCUUAAUCUGAAAAGAUUAUUUAUUGCCUCAGGUUCUUAAAGAUAAUAUUUUCAUCUUUUAAUUCGUCCAUUUCUUCUAAAAGAAAUUUCAGGGUCUGAA